AGGUCCUGACUAUAGGCAUUUAUAGAACAAAUCAUAUUGAAAUGAGAUGGGGACACUAAAUGGCAUUUCUUUUUCAUAGAAGAAUCUUCUAAUGUCUAUACAAACAUGCAUGUGAGCUUGUCUUUUAUUUUGUGGAGACAUUUGAUGUCAUACCCUGCACCAUCAUCCUUCUCAUCCUUCAUAUUCAUCAUAUAUUGGUCUAUAGGCCCCCUUGCAUCUCUAUUUGACAUUUAUGGCAAAGAAGAUGAGUGUCAGCCACUGAGCCCACUACCAUAAUAAGAUUCAUUAUCUACUAUGUCAUCAAAUCUUCAUUGUGCCAAAUGCUUUGACAUGGUUAUUUUGUUCAUGUAAGCAUAAAUCUCUUCUUUCGUCUGCUCUGACACUUUGGCACAUGGUGAAACAUUCUUAUGAGAACUAAAAAAAAAAAUUCUUUCAUUAUGGUUACAUCAUUGCUAACAACUUUAUCACAAUAGGUGUAUAUCUUUACAUUCCCUCCAAUUUUUACUUGUUCCCUAUGCUUCCAUACUGGAUCUCUUCUAUUUCUCUUUGAGCUUUUCUCAUAACUUUUAACCCUUUUAGAAAACCGAAACAUGAAAUGUUACUCGACAAAAGGAUUAUAAAAUGCAAACGUUUUUAAAAAAGGAAACCUUAAACAAAUAAAAAAAAAAGGUUUGGGAAAUAAAAAUGACUAUUGUUAAUGGUAAGAGAUGUGUGGAGGAUGGCUCGGCAAGGUAGCCGUGGCGAUGGUAUUGUAGCAGGGCGAUGAAGUGCAAUUGAGAAGUGGUUGGAAUUAGGCGAGACUGUGGGUGGGGAAUUAAGAGUACUCAAGGAGAGGAAAUGUGGGCUUUAGGUUUAGAUGGAGUUUUAUUGUAGUGAAAUAGUAAAUUGUUGUUUUAAGAAUGUAUUUUAUUUAUAAUUUUUUGAAAAAUCAUUCUAAACCAUAAGAUAUGUGACAUAAGCCUUUUGUUUAUUGCAUAGAGGUUUCAUGUUAGGUGCAACCUCAUCGGGGCUACAAUGGCGGCGCUACAACGAUCAAGUGACAAUGUGCAAUUGAGAAGCGGCUGGAGUCAGUUGAGAGUAUGCUUGUGGGACUUGAAGUAGUUGAGGAGAGGAACCUCAAACUUUAGGUUUAGAUGGAGAUUUGUUGUAGUGAAAUAAUAAAAUUAAGUUUUAGAAUAUAUUUUAUUAAAAAUCACCAAAACCCCUAAGAUUUGUGACUUUCGCCUCUUAUUUAUUACGUAGAGGUGUGCUUGAACCUUGUUGAGGUGUAGGCGUGUAUAGCCUUAGCAUGGUUACCAUGAGGCGUUUAUUUCAUGGCAAAAUUUCCCAGAAGCACUAAUGCAUAUCUUUUAUUGUGCAAUUUUAAGCAAUGGGUAUAAGUAACUUACACUUCGGAGACAUGAUUCUAUUUUGUUAUGGGAAAUUUUUUUCAAAUAUCUUAUUUUAUUUCAUGCAACAAAAUUGUUUUGUGGAAUUGUUGGAUGGAUAUCAACAAUAACAUUCACUGGAGCUUUUUCUCCCAAGCCAAGAACUGGUAUGGAACAGGAGUCUAAUCAUCCACCAGAUGUCCCGUAUCAGCCAUCCUGGCGCGGUUUCUCAUUAUUUUGCAUAAUGGUUGCGAUAUUUGGCCCUGUUAGAGUUUCUUGGUGAAGUUUGAUUGCUUUUAAUUCCCAGCCGAUAUUUCCCUGUGAGCGCAUUUUUAUCUUUAACAUUGAUUGAGUUACCCUCUCCACAUCAUCAAUGGUCUGUGCAGAAUUGUUCAGUGGCUAGAGUGGAUAGUAUGAUGGGAACAGUUUACGCUGUGCGCCUAGGAAUGACUAAUGUUGUUGUUGAAGAUACCAGGGUUUCUGGUCAUAUUCAAACUUCAGCCCUGCAUGUUGUACUACCGGAUAAUUUGUUGCUAUACCUUGUACCUGUCACUAGCUCUAUUGAUGCGGUUGAAGGGAUAGAUCCUAUUCCUUCUUCAGGCGUCUGGUAUGUUUUUCCAGGCCAACUGUACAUAAUUUAUAUGAAGGUUUUCUCAGAAGGGCCGGAUUCAAAUGAGAUACUCAUCACCGAGAACACUGACCUUAAGUUGGAAGAUAACGCUUUUGUGUCUUGGGAUAUAUUGCCUGUUUCUAAUGCUGAUGCUGCAAAAUAUGGCUGGCGAAAUUCAAGAUUACUCAAACCAUAUUCUUUGGGAGAGGGCACUCUAACAGCUUCUCUGUUUUAUCAUAGUGAAAACAAUGAAGAGGUUCAGGUUCUUGAGGUUGUGCAAGCAGUCACUGUAUGUAGAAAAGUGAAGUUUAGUAUAAAAGAACAAGUUGAGUCCUUAGAUUCCAUCCGCAUACCCUGGGCUCCUGGUAUUUACCAGGAAAUACAACUGAAUGCAACUGGAGGUUGUGGCAAGCUGUUUUGGUUAUCUGCUAAUGAGGCAAUUGUAUCAGUGACUGCUUCUGGUUUUGUGCGGGCCAAAAGGCUUGGUACAACAACGAUUAAAGUAUUCUCAUUGUUUGAUUCAAUAAAUUGUGACGAGGUUGUUUUGGAAGUUACUUCACCUUCUGCGAUGGUUGUUCUUCCAAUCUAUCCUGUAGAGGUGGAAGUUGGAACUGAACUGAAAGCUGCUGUGAGCUUAAAGACAUCUGAUGGUAACUACUUUUAUCAAUGUGAUGCUUUCAACUCUUUCAUGAAGUGGAAUGUUUUUUCUGAAAGUGAAACUUUCAGAGCUCUGAACACAACUGAGAAGAUAUGUGAAGCCGACAUGCUCCAUCUCACAGAGAUCUCCAAGCAAUCCUACGUUCAGCCUUGUGCAUGGACUUGUUUAUUUGCUUAUGGUACUGGCAGGGCCAUGCUACAUGCAACUUUGUCGAUUGACUUACAUUCUCCUUUCCAUUUCAUGGAUGGGCCUUUAAUUUUAAAAACAGCUUUUCCUAUAGCUGCAUAUUCUCCACUUGUUGCUUACCAGGCAGGAAAUGGAAAUAGAUUUGGAGGCUACUGGAUUGACGUGCCUGAAAUAAAUAAUGGAAUCAAACAUUCGUACUCUACAGCUUUGGAUGAGUUGUAUCUUGCCCCUGGCUCUGCUAUGGAUGUCCAUUUAAGUGGAGGACCUGAAAGAUGGGAUCUACAUGUUGAGUAUGUUGAAAGUGUUGAAGUUACUGGUGAACAAAAUCUACCAGUAACUGAUGGUGUUCAGGUGCAGCAGACGCACUGCAAUGGGAGAAGAUUGUACACAGCUCUAUGCCUUUCCGUGGGGCAGUUUAAACUUCUCUUUUCACGGGGAAACCUUGUUGGCGUUAACCAUCCUGUGGCAACUAUAGCUAACUUGGAAUUGUCUGUUAUGUGUAGCUUUCCUUCCUCCAUCGCACUUGUUGCUAAUGAACCUGCAAAUACUCUCGAUGUUAUAGAGAUUGCUGCAAAUGCUUACCGUGGUCCUGGUCAAGUUCGUUCUUCUCCUAUCACAGUGGCCUAUGGAUGUACCAUACGCAUAGCUGCUGUUGGUCUACAUAUUACAAAAAAAGUUUUUGCAAAUUCAUCAUCUUUAUGCUUGAGUUGGGAACUAAUUGGUUGUAAGGAUCUGGCUUAUUGGAGGGACAAUGAGAGUUGCAAGAGAUCAAUGAAUAACAGUUGGGAGAGGUUUCUAGUUCUUAGCAAAAUUUCUGGACUGUGCACUGUUCGUGCUAGUGUUAUUGGCUUCUCUAAAACCAUGGUUAGCCAUCCCUUGGGAAAAGAAUAUUUGCGGGUUGAAAGUGCAACCGGUAUUCUUACGGAUGCUCUCCAGUUACAGUUGGUGCCUUCCUUGAGAGUAUUGCCAGAGUUUCUCUUAAUAGUUUUUGAUCCCGAAGCAAAGGCAAAUUUGUCUAUUUCUGGUGGGACUUGCUUUCUAGAUGCUGUUACAAAUGACACACAUGUGGCACGCAUUGCUCAGCCUUCAGAAAAUACCAAAUGCUCUCACCUAAUAGUCAGUCCUAAUGGACUGGGUACUGCUCUUAUGACCAUUCGUGACAUUGGACUUUCUCCUCCGCUGGUUGCUUUUUCUUUGGUCAAAGUUGCAAAUGUGGAGUGGAUUAAGAUUGCUUCUGAAGAAGAGAUAAGCCUCAUGGAAGGGACUAUUAGAACUUUUGAAGUUGUAGCAGGAACCAAUGAUGGAUAUAUCUUUGAGUCCUCCCAGUUCGCAUUUAUGAAUAUUCAUGUCCAUCUGGAGGAUGGAAUAGUUGAGGUUAUUGGAAAGAAUAAUUCUUCAAGCAUUGUAAUGGUUUGCUCUAAUUUUUCAGUUAGAGCUGCAACUGUGGGAAUUACAACUAUUUAUGUCCGGGCGAGGCAACGGUCUGGACAUGAAAGAUUAAGUCAAAGUGUUAAGGUUGAAGUUUACAAACCAUUGCAAUUGCAUCCUGAUUAUAUUUAUCUCACGCCUGGUUCUUCUUAUUUGCUCACAGCCAAAGGUGGUCCAAUCACUGGAGGAUUUAUGGAGUAUGCAAGCAUGGAUGAAGCGACUGCAGUAGUUCAGGCAUCUUCUGGAAAACUUUCUGCUAUAUCCAUUGGGAAUGCUACAGUCCGUGCUGCAGUUUAUGGACAAACAGGCGAGCUAAUCUGUGAAGCAUAUAGUAGAGUAGAAGUCGGGGUCCCAUCAAUAAUGAUUUUGAGUUCGCAGAGUGACCAGCUAUGUAUUGGUUGCAAAAUGCCAAUCUUUCCCUCGUUUCUUCAGGGAAGCUUAUUUUCUUUCUAUGAGGUAUGCAAUAACUAUGAAUGGACGGUGGACAAUGAAAAGACUGUGCACCGUGAAGAUGGCGGAUCCUUGACAUCAGUUGUCGAGAAAGUGCAAUUGCAGUGUGCGGAUGGAUGGUCCACUUUCUGUAAUUUCAGUGAUAGUGAUGUUGGAUUUAUCAAGGAAUUGUUUGGACGAUCUUCUGGCAGAGCAGAAGUUUCUGUUUCAUUUUCUUGUGACUUCCUAUUAUCCGGCACCACACAAACUGUACAUUACACUGCUUCCAAGACCUUGACAGUGGUGCCUGAUCCUCCCCUCGCACUUGGCAUGCCAAUAACAUGGGUUCUCCCCCCAUCCUAUACAACUUCUGAUCUUCUGCCAAGUUUGACAGACUCUUAUGGGUUAGAUGUGCAUAGUCACAGGAAAGGAGUCGUUUAUUCUGUAUUGAGGACAUGCGAAAGCAAGCACGACUCUAUUUCUAUCCAUGGUGGUAAAAUCAGAACUAGGGACAGCAAUGAUUUAGCUUGCAUACUGGGAAAAGACCUAACUACUCGAAGGACGGAAAUUGCAUCAUGUGUACGAGUUGCCCAGGUGGCACAAGUAAGGGUAUCUGCAGGAGAAAAUUCUUUCCAUUCGGCAUACCUUGGUGUCAAUGCAAGGCUGGAGUUGAAAAUUGACUACUGUGAUGAGUUGGGAUUCAAAUUUGCUGAAGCAAAUGGUGUGGUUCCACUGGAUGUUGAAAUUAAUUACCCAAAUGUACUAUCCAUUCAAAUGUCUGAUGCUGGAAGUAUAACUUCUGCUGAAAAAAUCAUUCUGCAGGCGAAGGGUCCAGGGAGAGCUCUUGCAAGGAUAUCGAUCAGUCACAAUCCAAAUAAGGCAGAGUUCAUUCUGGUAUCAGUUGGUGCACAGCUGUAUCCUCAGAAUCCGGUUCUGAACGUGGGGAAUGCUAUUAAUUUUUCUGUAAUUGCUGAUGAUGGUCUUCUACCAGGUCAGUGGUUUUGCAGCAAUGAAAGUGUUUUGUCUCUAAAUAAAAUUACUGGAGAAGCUCAUGCGUCUGCUGUAGGUCGAACUCAAGUUUUCUUUCAGAGUUCCAACUUCAAAUUGCAGACCGUGGCUAGUGUGAUUAAAUUGAAUCAGAUUAUAGUUGAUACUCCAUCAGGCACCUUAACUAAUGCUCCAUUUCCUUCAAAAGGCUACAAGUUUGAUGUCAAGCUUAG